CAAGGUUCAUUUUACAAAAAUAAUUUAUAUGGUUACCUUCCCUUAGAGGCUUGAAUUGAAUUGAAUUGAAUUGAGUACAUCAUCAAUGGCGGACCAACAGAAAAUCCAUCCCGUCCCAGACGUGGAAGCGCCGCCAGAAGCCUCCCCCAGUGCUCCCUUGGUUCCUCUAGCCACUUCUAAAUCCGAUACCGGUGACCCUGUCGAGCAACAUCCACUCAACUCCCAGUCCCAUGGCCCAUCUCCUGUUAAGCAUUCGACAGCUCCCAAGAAAAGAAGAAGCUGUUGUUGCAGGUGCAUGUGUUGGACGCUGUCUCUUCUCUUGCUUCUGAUCGUCAUUCUGGGGAUUAUCGUCGGCAUCUUAUUCCUUGUUUUCCGACCAAAGCUACCCAAGUAUUCUAUCGACGGCCUGCGGGUUACGCAGUUCGAUCUCAGCUCAGUGAAUUCCAGCUUAUCUGCUAGCUUCGAUGUUAACAUCACCGCCAGAAACCCCAAUAAAAGAAUCGGAAUAUAUUAUGACGGAGGUAGUCAUAUAACCGUAUGGUACAAUGAAACCCAACUAUGUGAAGGGGCGUUACCCAAAUUCUACCAAGGUCAUCGGAACACGACCGUGCUGGUAUUGCCGAUGACAGGGCAAGUCCAGAACGGUACAGUGUUGCUGACGGCACUGCAACAGCAGCAGCAGAUGACGGGGAACAUACCUUUGAGGCUGAGGGCUAAACAGACUGUGAGGGUUAAGCUUGGGAGCUUAAAGCUCAUGAAAAUGAAGUUCAGGAUUAGGUGCCGCCUUGUGGUGAAUGCUUUAUCUGCUAACAAUGCCAUCAGAAUUUCCAGCAGUAGUUGCAGCUUUAGGCUUAGACUUUAGAGUUUAUAACUACGGCCAUGGGGGUUGGGAUAUAAUAUAUCAUUUAUAUUACUUGAUCCACAUUUUUUUGUUUAUUUUCUUUAAUAUUGGUAUUGCCAUAAGAAUGGAGGAUUUUUAUGAGGUUUUGUCCUCCAUAUUAUAAAAUAAAAACACUGGUUUCUUUGCA